AUGAUGAAUGGUGAUCUUGCGGGUUGGCUGGGUGCUACGGAUAAAGUGACGAUACUAACAGCUAAAGGGGCAGGGUGUCUAGGUAUAUCCUGCAGUUGGAUGCAAUACCGAUGCAUCGCAUUUACACUGUCGAUCUGCGACAGACGCCACCGGGAAAAGAUCACCACAGGCUACGAACUUCACAGGGGCUUAGAACUUGGAACCCGCCGGUUAUAUCCAGCGUGUCGUUAG